AUGGACACUGACACCCGAGAUACAGUCUUUCAGGACUGGCUGCUGAGACGGCAGAAGAUAAACCGGCUGCAGCUGGAAGUUUCUUUUCAGGAUCUUGAAUGCUAUGGCUUCACGUCCUCGACGACGUUUCAAAACACUGUAACUUCAUACGCACUAGCACUUCCACGCUUUAUCGCAAGAAUCUUCUCUUGGCAGCAGCCUAAGAGAGUGCAAAUCUUGCGGGACUUUGAUGGCCUAGUCAAGCCUGGGGAGAUGCUCCUGGUCCUUGGCCGACCUGGCAGCGGUUGCUCGUCAUUUCUAAAACUUUUGUCUGGAGACACAAACGGCAUCUAUGUCGGCGAGCAGUUCAAGAUUAACUACGCUGGCAUCUCGUACAACCAGAUGCAUCGGGACUUUAAAGGUGAAAGCAUCUACCUUGCCGAGCUGGACAAGCAUUUUCCUGAGCUUAGCGUCGGUCAGACCCUCGAAUUCGCGGCAUCGACACGAGGGACUGGCACAAAUAGUAAUGUUCUUUCACGAACAACUGGUCGAGAAGUUGCAGUUUUAUUUGGUUUGUCGAAUGCUUUCGACACCAAGAUGGGCAAUGGCUUGAUCCGAGGCGUUAGCGAAGGUGAAACUAUGAGAACAAGCAUCGCCGAGGCACUCAUAAGUUGUGCUCAGUUUCAGUGCUGGGACAACAGUACUCGCGGCUUAGAUAGCUCGAUUGCUCAGCGAUUCAUCGACCUGCUACAGAAAUCAACGAAAGUCUUGCGAUCAACCGUCAUCAUGAGUAUCUACCAGGCGUCAGAGGCAAUGUAUCCUAACUUUGACAAAGUCACGAUACUGUACGAGGGCCGUCAGAUCUAUUUUGGCCCUGUUGAGUCAGCUACCGACUAUUUUCGUAAACUUGGAUUUGCAAAGGAUAACAGAGCGACAACUGCUGACUUUCUCACUUCACUCACGAGCCCGGCCGAGCGCAUUGUUCGGGAAGGCUAUGAAGAUCAAGCUCCAAGGUCGCCAAAGGAGUUCGCAACUGCAUGGAAACAAAGCAUUGAGAGAAAGAAAUUCAUAGGAUCUAUUAACACUUUUAAUUCUGCUCAUCCACUAGAAAUAUCAACCAAAGAACGGACUGAUUCAACUGAGAAUUCCAACUCGAUCGGGGAGAUGCUAGAACUUCGCUCAGCCACUUACCUGAUUCCAAUUCGCCGGCAAAUCCUCAUCUGUCUUCAAAGGGGCUUUCUUCGUCUGCGCAAUAACUAUGUUCCUGCAGUCUCGACCGUCUUCGCGAAUGCCAUUCUUGCUAUCGUCGUCGGUAGCGUGUUCUAUGAUCUUCCAGAUACAAGUGAUAGCAUGGACCAGAGGGCCGUUCUCAUAUUUUUCUCAUUGAUGAUAUGCGCCUUUUCACCUGCUUUCGAGGUCCUAACCAUGUGGGCGCAAAGGUCUAUUGUGGGAAAACACGAUCGAUACGCCUUUUAUCAUCCCUUUACUGAGGCUGUGGCUGCAAUUAUUUGCGAUUUCCCAGUUAAGUUCGGCACCACUGUUAUGUUUCACGUUACGCUUUAUUUCAUGACCAACCUCCGCCGAACAGCUUCCGCUUUCUUCAUUUACGCCACCUUCAUGUUCUUUAUCGUCCUUACUAUGAGUAUGGUUUUCCGGACACUGGGCUCUAUGUCACGAACACUUGAGCAGACUAUGGCUCCUGCAUCCAUCGUAGUCUUACUAUGUAUUGUGUAUACUGGAUUUGUGAUACCAGUUCCGUACAUGAAGCCUUGGCUUUCGUGGUUUAGACGAUUGAAUCCCAUGUCUUAUGCCUACGAAAGCCUGAUGAUCAAUGAGUUUAAUGGUCGAGAAUUCCCUUGUUCGUCCACAAUUCCCACAGGACCUGAAUACUCUACGCAGGUAGGUAUGCAUGGCAAGGUCUGUCCAGUCGUAGGAGCUGAACCUGGAGAGUUUAAUGUACAAGGAUCAUCAUAUCUCCUUCUCAAAUACGGAUACGAGCCGAGUCAUCUCUGGAUGAAUUUCGGCAUCAUCAUUGCCUUAAUGGUCAUAUUUUGCACAAUCCAUUUGCUAGCGGCAGAGUACAUUCCCGCACAGAGAUCAAAGGGCGAAGUUCUACUUUUUCAGCGUGGCCAUAGCAAGAAGCAAUCCCAACGAGCGUCUGACUCUGAGCACGCUGAGGCGUCGCCAAUAUUUGCCCAGGACUUCAAUGAGCAGGCAUAUCCCGCAAUUAAUGGUAAUAAUUCAGAGAUUUCGCAGUCUAUUCUACGACCAUCAUCAGUGUUUCACUGGAACAAUCUGAGCUACGACGUAAAAACCAAGAAAGGGUCGAAGAGAAUUUUGAACAAUAUUAAUGGAUGGGUCAAGCCCGGGACGUUAAUUGCUCUAAUGGGCGUUACAGGAGCUGGGAAAACAACAUUGCUCGACGUGUUGGCCAAUCGAGCAACUUCCGGCACAGCAAGUGGCGAGGUAUACAUCGAUAGCACACCGAGAGACGCGAGUUUCCAACGAAAAAUUGGCUACGUUCAGCAGGAAGAUAUACAACUUCCAACUGCAACCGUUCGCGAGGCUCUAGAGUUCAGUGCAUUGCUUCGACAAUCAGGGACCCAGUCAAGAGAAGAAAAGCUAAUCUACGUCGAAAAUGUCAUUAGAAUCUUAGACAUGGAGCCAUAUUCGGAUGCCGUGGUGGGAUCUGCCGGUAGUGAUGAGCCGACAUCUGGACUGGAUAGCCAGACAGCCUGGUCCACCUGUUCGCUUCUCCGCAAACUAGCAGACCACGGACAAGCGGUCCUGUGUACGAUUCAUCAGCCGUCGUCCCAAUUGUUUCGGAUGUUCGAUUGCUUGCUACUGCUCAGCGACCACGAUGAUACUGUAUACUUUGGUGACAUCGGAAAUGAUGCCUCAGCAUUGAUCGACUACUUUGAAACUAGAGGAGCGCCUAAGUGCCGACAAGAAGAUAAUCCUGCGGAAUGGGUUCUGGAUGUCAUCAGUAGCAGUAGUCCUUCCGUCAUGACCACGAGGGGAUCCGAGAAAUCACCAACGGCAACGGAGUCUGGAGUAUCGGGACCAAGCUGGUCGCAGAAGUGGAAUGAAAGUCAGCAGCACCAAGAUGCACAACAGUAUCUUCAACAGGCUACCGUGGUAAAACAACCCUCAACUCCAGGCAAGAUUUCCACAAGACUAGUCAGGAGCGAAUAUGCUGCUUCGUCCAUCAGACAGCUUACCAUCGUGACGAGACGAAUUUUCCAAGAAUACUGGAAAGAUCCUACAUAUUUGUAUUCAAAGCUGGCUCUCUGUGCCGGCGUGUGCUUCUUCAACGGUAUCUCCUUUUAUAAAACUUCACUCGACAUGCAAGGCUUCAUUAACUUCCUCUUCUCCAUCUUCCUCAUCUCUCAACUCUUCAGCACCCUCGACCAACAAAUCAUCCCACGCCUUGCCCACAGCCGCGCCCUAUUCGAAGCCCGCGAGAGGAAAUCUAAAUCUUACUCCUGGAUCACGUUCCUCACUGCUAACGUCAUUGUUGAACUAUUCUGGCAGACAGUAUGUUCUGUAGUAAUCUUCAUAUCCUGGUACUAUCCCACGGGGCUUUGGCGAAAUGGCGACCCAAGUUUUGGAACGGUAGAAAGGGGAAGCCUAGUAUUUGUGCUCAUUUGGCUUUUUUGUUUAUGGAUCUCGACCUUUUCGCAGGCUGUGGGCGUGGGCAUCGAGCACGCGGAGACAGCCGUACAGAUUGCCACGCUGUGCUUCAGGCUUUCGCUUGUAUUUUGUGGUGUCCUCGUUUCCCCUAAAGACCUUCCUCGGUUCUGGAUCUUCGUUUAUCGAGCGUCUCCAUUGACAUAUUUUGUUGACGGGAUGGUUCUGGCAGGCCUGGCUAACACACACAUCGAGUGUUCCGAUAUCCAGCUCCUUCACGUCGAUCCUCCUUUCUCUAACUCUACGUGUGGCGAAUAUCUAGGGCCAUUCCUGCAGUACGCGAGUGGGGUUCUCAAGAAUCCAGCAGCGACAACGAAUUGCCUUUACUGCCCAGUUGAUCAGACUAACCAAUUACUUCAGCAAUUGGGUUUAGAGACACAACAAGCUUGGCGUAUUGUAGCGUACAUGGUCAUUUAUGUCAUUUUCAACACGCUUGCAAUAUUUGCUAUUUACUGGUUUGUAAGAAUGCCGAAAAAGAACAAGAACUAA